AUUAAACGUUAUCGAUAAAUUGUCGUAUUUUUUACAGUUGUACUUUGUUGCCUGUCUCGUCAAAACGCAACAAAAUGUCGGUUGCAAGCACAUUUGAGUCUAGCAAAAUUGUUCCAGACGUCAUCCCCGUCGCACCUUCAAAAACCAUAGAGUUGAAAUACCCAAGUGGCGUGGUAGCCCAGCAUGGCAAUGAACUCGCUCCAACAAAGGUCAAAGAUCAACCAGCUGUCUCCUACGAAGCGGAUCCUAAUGCUUUCUACACCUUAGUCUUCACAGACCCAGACAACUACAACGGCCCAGAGCCAGUAUACCGUGAGUGGCACCAUUGGUUGGUCGGAAACAUUCCUGGCAACAACGUCGCCUCUGGUGAGGUUCUGUCUAGCUACAUUGGUUCUGGACCACCAGAAGGCACUGGCAUCCAUCGUUACGUAUACAUUCUCUACAAGCAGCCUGGAAAACUAAAUUUUGACGAGAAGAAGUUAACCAACAAAUCCAUCGAUGGCCGGGAUGCCUUUUCAACGAAGAAAUUCGCCGAAAAGUACAACUUGGGAGCGCCUGUUGCUGGCAACUUCUAUCGCGCACAAUUUGACGACUACGUCCCACUAUUGUACAAGAGUUUAGGCGUUUAAAAAUAAAUAUUAUAUAUA